ACACUCUCAUUCACUUACAGUCCACAAAUGGCUCUUGAAAUCUGUGCGAAGGCUGCCGCUGGUGCUCCUGAUAUUCUUGGAGACUGCCCAUUCACUCAAAGGGUUCUGCUAACGUUGGAGGAAAAGAAAGUUCCUUUCAAGGCACACUACAUCAACACCAGAGACAAACCCCAAUGGUUUUUGGAGGCAAACCCAGAAGGGAAGGUGCCAGUGAUGAAGUUUGAUGAUAAAUGGGUGCCUGACUCUGAUGUGAUUGUUGGAAUUCUUGAGGAGAAGUACCCUGAGCCUCCUCUCGCUACUCCUCCUGAAUUUGCCUCUGUGGGAUCAAAGAUUUUCUCAACUUUCGUCCAGUUUCUGAAAAGCAAGGAUCCAAAUGAUGGGACAGAGCAGGCUUUGCUUCAGGAAUUGAAGGCAUUGGAUGAGCAUCUGAAGAAACAUGUACUAAUAAGCUUGGAACAUAGGGGCAUCUGAUUUAUAGUAUUGUUUUUUUUUUUUUUUUU